AUGACGAUACUACUACUGCUACUCUUGUUGUUCUUCAUUACGGUCCACAGUCAUUGCCCCGACUUCCAUCACGAAGGUCAAUUCACCUUGGCCACGCUCGAGAAUGUAGACACGGCCGAGUCGAUUCUCCGUCAACAUGACCAAGUCAAGGAGCCUCAUGUCAAAAAGUUUGGUGGAGAGACACUGGCCUAUGUCACGCCAUGGAAUAACCGAGGAUAUGACGUGGUCAAGGAAUUCAAGGGCAAGUUUGACUACGUAUCCCCUGUAUGGUACUAUGUGGAGCGAUCGAAUGAACCUGAUGAUGAGAUGUUCAAGAUUAUUGGCGAACAUGAUGUGGAUACAAACUGGAUGGCAGAGGUGCGGGGACCAAACACUGGCAAGAUUGUACCAAGGUUUCAAUUUCGCAACUGGGAUUUCAAUGGCUAUCAGUCAUUUGCUUCCAAUCCAGAGGAUGCACACAAGAUGGUUGAAUUAUUGAUGGAUCAAGUGACAAAGCAUGGCUUUGAUGGCAUUGUGGUCGAAUGUGGCUAUCCUACCUUCUUUCCUCUUUUUAUCAACAACAUGGCCGCUGCGCUUCAUAACGACAACAAGGAAUUCAUUGUAGUAUUACCACCUUUGCGUUCAGCUGAACAGAGCAAGAUUUUGAAUCGUGACGUCUUUGCUUCCCUCGCUCAAGUUGUGGAUCGUUUCAGCAUUAUGACAUACGAUUAUUCCAGCCAUUCACCCCAUGGGGGUCCCUCAGCACCAGUGGAUUGGAUCAUGGACAACAUUGAGCAACUCACCAACGAUGAAAACGCACAUCAGCUUUUGGUUGGUAUCAAUCUAUACGCCAUGUCGUAUCAAGAGACUCGGAUGCCCGAGGCAAAGAUUCUCAGCAGUCUUUUGGAAACGUUGGAUGGCAAGGAGCUUGAAUGGGACGAGGAGAGUGAGGAGCAUUGGUUCGAGGAUGGUGAUGGUUCCAAAGUAUGGAUGCCCACAAGAAAGUCUAUCGAAAAACGAGUUCAUCUUGCCGAGGAUUAUGAAGUGGGUCUUUCGCUCUGGGAGGUGGGACAAGGAUUAGAUUACUUUUAUGAGCUGCUUUGA